AGCUGACACGUGGUGGGAGAGGUCGGAAAUCCACAUUGCAGAAAGAGAUCAAGACAGGCAGGAUGGCUCUAAGAUUGUUUAUAACAACGGUGACCGGUUCACGGGAGACAAAGUCUCAGCAGAGUGAAAUGACAAGGAUUUUAGACUCUUGUGGCCACCCCUAUGAAGUAGUGGAUAUAGCUGUGGACAACAGUUUCCGAACAGAAAUGAGAGAGAAGUCUGGCAACCCCAACGCUCUUCCUCCUCAGUUGUUCCUGGGUGACAAAUACCUUGGGGGAUUUCAAGAGUUGAUGGCUGCAGUGGAAGAUGGUGAUUUGGAGAAAUUCCUAGGACAAAACUAGGACUUUAUAUCUGCAGUAAAGGUGGAAUCAAUAU